AUGAGGCGUCCUUGGAUAGACGGCAAACGGACUAGUCUUGAAUACUUGUCCGGAGUGGAGGAGUUUUGUAGACAAGCCGUGGAACACCAAAGGAGUAUUGGGGUUGGAACAAUAUUUUGCCCUUGUUGUGACUGCAAAAAUGUCAAGAGAUGGGAUGACAUAGAGGUCAUAGAAGACCAUCUGGUUCGUCGCGGGUUUAAACAAGACUAUCACACAUGGUAUUGGCAUGGUGAGAGUCUUGAUUCAAUGAAUGAAGAUGGUGUUGAUCAUGAGGAUAAUGAUGAUAGUAGUGAUGCAGAAAGUUUUGAGAGUGAUGAGAUGGAUGAUGAAGAUGGCGACGAGGAAGACCGGAUGAGUGAUAUGAUGGAUGGGAUUGGAGAUCAUGUAAAACCACAAUCUAAGAUGAUGGAAAACUUGAACAAGGCUGCUAAAACACCGUUGUACCCUAGUUGUACGAAGUUCACAAAGUUGUCUGGUACCUUAGAACUUCAUAAUGUGAAAACAAACUUCGGUAUCUCUGACGUGGGCUUUGAUCAUUUGUUAGCAAAAUUUGGUGAAAUAUUACCAGAGGGGAAUACCCUCCCCUCUUCUACCUACUACGCAGAAAAGCUAAUGUGUCCUUUUGGGUUAGAUUAUGUCAAGAUCCAUGCAUGCCGGAAUGAUUGUAUACUCUAUCGAAAAGAGUAUGAAAAUUUGGAUAAGUGUCCAAAGUGCGGCGAAUCACGCUACAAACGAACAGAUGGUGAUGAUCCAAAAAAGAAAGCCCCCCCGGCAAAGGUGAUGUGGUAUCUACCGGUAAUACCAAGGUUUAGGCGUUUGUUUGCAACUGAGAGUGAUGCUAAGAAUCUUAAGUGGCAUGAUGAAGGGAGAAAGAAAGAUGGGUUACUUAGGCAUCCGGCCGAUUCUCCGCAAUGGAGAAACACUGAUAGGGCAUAUCCAGAAUUUAAAAAGGAGGUUAGAAAUCUUAGACUUGCUUUAUGUACGGACGGGAUGAACCCGUAUGGUACACUUAGCAGUCAAUGGAGCACAUUGCCGGUCUUAUUAGCGAUAUACAAUCUCCCUCCUUGGUUGUGUAUGAAUCGCAAGUACUUGAUGUUGUCAUUUUUAAUUUCGGGGCCUAAACAACCCGGAAAUGACAUAGAUGUAUACUUGGCACCUCUCAUAGAUGAUUUGAAGCUAUUGUGGAAUGAAGGUGUUCCAAUGUAUGAUGCCCAUACCAAAACUGACUUCACUUUGCGGGCCAUGAUUUUUUGUACCAUUAAUGACUUUCCGGCUUACGGGAACUUGUCCGGGUACAAGAUUAAAGGAGAGAACGCAUGCCCUAUUUGUGAGGAGGAGAUGACACCCGAAUGGUUGGACUACUUCAAAAAAAAUGUGUAUCUGGAAUUCAGAAAGUUUCUCCCUCGUCAUCACCCAUAUCGUAAGAAGAAAAGGCAAUUCAAUGGGUGCACGGAGGAAAGACAAGCUCGUACGCCUUUGACUGGAAAACAAAUUUAUGAGAAGAUCAAGAAUAUUGAAACGAGUUAUGGUAAAUGCGGAAAACAGGAAAAAACACCGAAGACUGUUCUUUGGAAAAAAGUCUCAAUAUUUUGGGAUCUUCCAUGUUGGAAAGAUUUGUCAGUCCGACAUUGCCUUGAUGUGAUGCACAUUGAAAAGAAUGUAUGUGAUGCUAUUAUUGGUACAUUGUUGAACAUAACUGGAAAGACAAAGGACACUAAAAAGGCGCGACUAGACUUGAAAAAAAGGAAUAUUCGACCAGAGUUGUGGCCUGUGGAUAAGGAGGGUAAGAAGAAGUCAUAUUUGCCUCCGGCUUGCUACACAUUGUCCCGUCAAGAAAAGCGAAUUUUAUGUGAAUGUCUAUAUAACAUCAAGGUACCUUCAGGGUACUGUGCGAACAUGAAAAGACUAGUUUCUUUGACCGACUUGAAGUUAAUGGGUAUGAAAUCCCAUGAUUGUCAUGUGAUGAUGCAAGUUUUUUUGCCGAUUUCUCUGCGUGGAAUUUUACCAAAGCAUGUGAGACAUGUCAUUGUUAAGUUGUGUAUGUUUUUCAACACCAUUUCUAGCAAAGUGAUCGACCCGGAAAAACUAGAUGCACUUGAAGCUGAUAUAGUUGAAACGUUAUGUAAAUUAGAGAUGUAUUUUCCACCAUCCUUUUUUGACAUAAUGAUCCAUUUAAUUGUGCAUUUGGUUCAGGAGGUUAAGAUGUGUGGUCCAGUGCACUUGCGUUACAUGUACCCCUUUGAGAGACAUAUGGGGGUGUUGAAAGGUAGAGCACGAAAUCCAGCAAAACCUGAAGGUAGCAUCGUGAAAAAUACUUUGGCCGAAGAGAUUGCGGAACAUUGUGCUGAGCACUUGGCUAGAGCUAAGACAAUCAGAGUUCCGACAUCUCGUCACAAGGGAAGACUUCAGGGGCAAGGGACAAUUGGGAAGAAAAUGGUGAUACCUCCGAGUGAAAGUCAGAAGCAAGCGCACCUUUGUGUCUUGCAGCACCUUGCUGAUGUCAAUCCAUACAUAGAAAGUCAUUUGACAGAAUUAAAAAGUGAAAAUCCUCGAAUUGGUGAAAGAGAUUUAAUGGUUCUGCACAAUCGCUUUUUUGUUGAUUGGUUCACGAAGAAAGGGAUGGAUGACUUUCGUAAUCCUGAUAUGGUUGUCCCUGAAACAAUCGAGUGGCUUGCAAGGGGUCCUCGAUCUCGAUAUGUGGAAACUUUUGAAGGGUAUGACAUCAAUGGGUACACAUUUUAUACAAGAAGACAAGAUGACAAAUCCGUUGUGCAAAAUAGUGGUGUUACAUUGGUAGCAUCCUCCAGAGAAUAUGCUAGUGCUAAGGACAAAAUGCCAGUUGAUGCAAUACAAUCAUAUUAUAGGUAUAUUGAAGAAAUAUGGGAGCUUGACUACACCGACUUUAAGAUUCCUGUUUUUAAAUGCAAGUGGGCAGAUAAUGGACGAGGCCGAAAAAACUGUGAAUCUGGUUUAACUUUGGUGGAUUCAAAUCGUUUUAGUGACGGUGAUGAGCCAUUCAUUUUGGCAUCUCAAGCUAACCAAAUCUUUUAUGUAGAAGAUAAUGUUGAUCGUCAAUGGAGGGUUGUUGUUCAAGGCAAAAGACGAAUUCUAGGGAUAGUUGACGUUGUUGAUGAAGAGGAAUAUGACCGAUUUGAUGAUACUCCACCUUUGUCAGUUGGUGUUGAACCUAUGAAUAAUGAGGAGGAUAUAAAUGGAGCAUAUGUGCGCUUAGAUCACAAUGAAGGGAUUACUGUUAAUAACUACGAAAAUACUAAGAAGAGAAAAUCAGUAAGUGUUUGUAUUGACAUCAUGGAUGCAGAAGAACGUAAUGAUGAAAUAGAGGAGGAAAUGGCUAUGCACAACAUUUAUGAAGCACUACAGGCAAUGGAAUAA